CAUUUUGGAAGUCUGGACGACGUUUUAAUACGGUUGCCUUCAGAAUCUGAAUCAGUAAACACAACGAGUUUGGUUUUGGUUAUUAACGUGCUCCUUGUACAUACAUAUCUGGCUUAUUUACGUCUCUUUGCUUACGGUUCUUUUAAGAAGCCACCAUCAUUAUGGCGGAUCCAAGAAUACGGCAGAUAAAAAUAAAGGCUGGUGUCGUAAAACGGCUGGCUAAGGAAGAGGUCUUCUACAUAAAGGAGGCAAACGAGCAGGAAGAGAGAGUCGAGCGUCUGAAAGCUGAGGCAAAGGAUGAGUAUCUGAUCAAGAAACAGGUGGAGGUGUUGCAGGAGUCGAGAAUGAUGAUUCCAGACUGUCACCGCCGUUUAGCAAUGGCUCAUGCUGAUCUGCAGCAGCUGUUGGAAAUGGUGGUGGAUCUGGAGGAAUUGGAGGAAUUCAAGGAGGCCAGAAGUGUUUUAGACUCUGUCAAACUAGAGGGAUGAUGUAAACACACCUGCGCAACACAUGUCCAUUCCAUUAGUCAGGACUUCUUAAUGUUGAUUCACACACAAGUCUGAUCAUUGUUUUGUAUUUAUUUUGUAUUUAUUGUUAACACAAUGAAUAUACCAUGCCGCUGUUGAUUUUUCAAAGUUGCAAAAUGGAAUAAACUAUACAUGUACUAUA